AUGAAAUUCAUCACAAGCCUUAUUCUCCUGGCCGCAGCCUAUGUGUCAGCAAAGCCCUCAGGAACAGCAGAGUGUGCAGCGAUCUACCAGAGAUGUAUUGAAACAAUAACACCGCAAGAGUGCAAGAAGACUGAUCGAGAUUGUCUUUGUAAAGCUUGGGAUGAUGUAAUAACAUGUUUGGUCGACUGUCCAAAUACUCCUCGCUACUGGUUAGCGAAAGAAAACGCCAGGGGCUUCUGUACAUAA